AUGCACAUACAUACACACAUGCACACAGAUAAAUGCACAUACAUACAUAUACACAGGCAAACAGGUGCACAUACACAAAUACAUACACAUACAUACACACACAUACACGUACGCACAUACACAUACAUACACACAUACAUAUACAUACACACAUGUACACAUACACACAGAUAUGUAUAUCCAACCAUUAGUCGAAUCAUGCAAGAAAAAAGAAAAGUAUACGAAAUUUCUAUCAGCUUUGCAUAAAUUUU